AUGAAUAAAUUGCGGAUUGCAGCGGAGAAUGACACUGUCUCCUAUAUAUGGGAGAACAGCGAUGAAACGCUUAAAGCGUCUGGUAGUAUUUCACGAGCUAUUGAAAAGUUAGAAUAUCUUCUGGAGCUUCUAUAUCCGUUUUACAUCUUUACGUCCUGUCUCUUGGAGAACACCGGCCCUACCGUCUAUAGGGUAUAUGAUAUCUACAACGAUCUGUUCGACUAUCUGGAUCUUGCCAUUAAUUGUCUUCGGAAUAAACGAGCCUCGUGGAAACAACAGAUUCUUGAAGGCUUAGAAGAAGCCUAUAAGAAACUCCGGAAAUACUAUCGGCGAACAUACUAG